CGCACCAGCCACCCCAACGUGCUCCCUCCCUCGCGCAAAAUGUUUUCCUUAAGCUUGUUGCCGGGCAACGAAGGCGUGUCCAGCCGUUCGAGGGAUUUAAGGAUACCUCACUCGCGGUUUCCUCAGUUCAGGCUGCCGGUACUCGCAUGGCAACACACGAGAGGGGUUCCCCCGUACGUCGCCGCUCCGUCUUUCCGAAAUUAAAAUUCAAACUGUCUGGCUGCUUCCUCCCCGGCGCGCCCAUCGGCGGCAGCAUGUGCCGGGACGUAGUGUAGCGCCCGACGCGGAGCGGAAACUUUCAACCCGGGGACAUUGAACCCAGCGCGAUAACACCCGGAGAGCAGCCGACCGGACUCCACACACCGAUUCUCAUUGAUGAGGCAACCUCCAAAUGACGUCGAGAUGGCUUUAAGUGGGACGCUUCUGCCAUCCAUAUCCACGUUCGCCAGCGGUCCCACAGUCAAGAGCAAACCCAUUGGAAAUGGCAAUCUAAUAUGGAAGGAGGAGAUGUCCCGUCUUAAGAAAUGCAGUGUGCCAACCAGAAGCUGCUGCUCUGACCCAGACCAGCCCACUGCCACGGGCACAACAAGCCCCAGCAUGUCCAAGAAAGAGACAGAACCGGACCUGGACUUGGACUACGACUUCAUUCUGUCUAACUCAAUUCUGCAGCAGCAACAGCAGCUACAGCAGCAGCAGCAGCAGCAGCAGCAGCAGGAAGAGGCCAUGGCAGGCAGCUCUGCCCAGACCUUGCCUCCUUUCUCCUCAUCUUACCCUCUCCCCUCCCCUCAGGGAACUGCCAGAGAACUCCUCUAUACCAUUCCAGAUAUCAGUGACGUCUCGCCCUCCGGAGGCUUUGUGGCAGAGCUCAUGAGACCGGAGCUGGACCCGGCGUACCUCAACCCCACCAGCCUCCGCGGCAAGUUUGUGGUAAAGACAACGAUGGACAUCGGAGAGUACAGCCCGGGCGUGAACGUGAGCAAGAUCAGCGUUAGUGACGUGUCAGACCCAACGACGUCACUCUCCUCGCCGUCUUUUACACUCCACCGGAUAAAGCAGGAGAACCAGAGCGCCUGCACCAUCUCGCAGCCCAUGGACCUACACCUGGCUGGGGUAAACUCCCAGGGCAGAGGAGGCCAGCAGCAGCGCCCAUGCCAGUUAGAGCUACAUGGCUUCUCUGGCGGAGGAAGAUCCUUGACAGGCGGCAGGAUAUCCUCAUCCUCUUCCCUCUCCCCAGACCAUCCUUUGAGUCGGGAACACGCGGUUUUGGGACACCCCCACUCUCAGAUCCCUGUACCUCCCCAGGGUUACCACCAUGGCUCCCCACAGGGCUACAGCUCCUUCCUUGAGCCAUCCUCCCUGCAGUUUCAAGAUCCCCUCAUGAUCUCCAGCGGGGACUGCUUGCUCCAGGAAGCAAAGCCUAAACGUGGCCGGCGCUCCUGGCCGAGAAAGAGAGUUGCCUCACACACCUGCGACUACGUCGGCUGUGGGAAAACGUACACAAAGAGCUCUCACCUCAAAGCGCAUCACCGCACGCACACAGGGGAGAAGCCGUACCACUGCGACUGGGAGGGCUGCGGUUGGAAGUUUGCACGUUCGGACGAGCUCACACGCCACUACAGGAAACACACCGGCCACCGGCCAUUUCAGUGUCAGAAAUGUGACCGGGCCUUCUCAAGGUCAGACCACCUUGCCCUCCACAUGAAGAGACACUUAUGAGACUUUGCGAUGGACGAAGACUCCAGGAAAAAAAAGAGAAAAACGCAUGUCAGCAAGAACCCUGAACAAACUCGUGACCUACAGUUUUUAAAACCAUAAUUUGCCUUCAAGCCGUUCUCAAGCAACAAGACAAGCUGUGGUGUUCACGGCAAAAAAAACACAGCGUUUCUCUCCCUCAAGAGCUUAGAAUCUUCCCUCAAAGACUGAUCCCGUCUUUGCACAUUGAGCAGGCGACUUUGAAAGGACCUCUCAGUCAGGGUUAUACACUUUUAUGAAAGGGACCAAACUGGAAUUUGUCUUAUUUAACUGACAAAACUUGGAGGACCAGGUGCCAACAGCUUUUAACUGGAAAUGUUUUUUGUGUCAGGGAAACCAGGAGCAACAGACAGACAUCUCCAGAGGCCUUAGACCAGCAACAUGCCGAUAUAGGCUC